UCUGUCCUCGCGCACUCGAGUCGACUCCGGCGGUUAGUGAGGGAUGUACCGAGCAUCAGGGAUGUGACUCACUGGUUUAGACAGAUUUAUUAAUGGAGUUCAGCAGCAGGACGGAAUAGAAAGCGACAAUGGAGUCGGUAGAGUUAAGGAUUAUUAAACGUAUGAGAGUUUUAUUUUAAAUUACAUUCCUGAGGCAACGCUGAGGAGAGGAACUGACACACUGCUGACACACUGCUGACACACUACUGACACACUACACACACACUACACACACACUACACACACUACACACACACACUGCCUCAGCUGUGUGAUAAACACCAACGGAAAUGGAGCUUUUUGUGUGGAUUUCGGUGUUAAUGGCGAUGACUGGACCGAGUUAUUCAGCUGAUGAGUGCAGCUGGAGGGGAAGUGGUCUCGCUCGGCCCGAGCAAGGUGUUGAACAGGUGUUCCUGCGCUGUGCCGAAGGCUCUGUUGAGUUCCUGUACCCCAAUGGAGCCCUGCGUCUCACGCUCUUGCCCCGCUUACCGAAACAUAGAGUGGGCGGGACCAGCGGGUUGCCCUCAUCGGUCUGUGUUAAGCCAGAGCCUCAGUGGGGUGGGGCCCAGCUUUACCUGGAAAAAGGUGGCAUCCUCGAGCUACUAGUGAGUGACACGCCCGGUCCCUCCCAUAUUCGCUGUUUUAGCAUCACUCCUGGGGAAAGCCCCGCCCUGUUCCUGCAGGCCACGCCCCACAGCGACAUCAGUAGGCGCAUCGCAGCAUUCCGCUACGAGUUAAGAGGGGACCGGACAACGAGGCUGUCUGUCGACUCUGUGGAUGCUGAAGUGGAUGCAGAAGAAGGAGCAUGCAGGCCAUGUAAUGACACAGAGAUGCUGAUGUCAGUGUGCACCAGUGACUUUGUGGUGCGUGGGAAUAUCCGUGCGGUGGACGCAGACUCGGAGCAGCGUGUGUCAGUGAUCAGGGUGAGCGCUACGCGUGUGUAUCGUCAGAAGUGGCCUCUGUUCUCCAGCGUAGGCCGCCUUACAUACUCCGGAGAGAUCCGCACCUUGUUGCGCUGCGGCGUCCGCGCCGGCUCCGGAAGCUUCCUCUUCACCGGACACGCCCACUUUGGGGAGGCGUGGCUUACCUGUGCUCCCAGGUACAAGGACUUCCUGAGAGUGUAUGAGCGUGCCAAGCAGGACCUGCAGAUCCCCUGCACCCUCAACACAUGACGCUGAUCGAGGCAGGACUAAGGAGAGAACAAGACAAAACAUCUUCAUCUUCACAGAGAGAGAGAGAUAAAGAGAUUGAUACAAAGAGAGAGACAUCAAAAUCUUUAUCUUUAUGGACUGAGAUACAAAAUGAGGUCCUCAUGGAGAGAGACACAACGUCUUUAUAAAGACAUACUACACGGCGUUCUCAUGGAGAGACACAAGGCAUCACACAGAGAACACUGACACCAUGUUACUUAGACAGAGACACAAAUAUGUGUGGUUUAGACUUGCUAACACAGACUGAGGUCAUGACUGUGUGUGUCCUGUGUCUCGUGUCUCUUGUCUCUCCGUAAGGUGAAGAUGUGCAGUGAGACUUGAUGUGACGCCUCAGGACAUGGACACAUAAGCUAUAAGACACAGACACGUAGCGGACUCGCUCGUCAGUAUUCAAACUGCUCACGGGUUAAAGAUCUAAAAUAUGAAUUUGCACUGAGGAUGAGGAGGGAGCUGAAACCAAAUGAAAGCAGACAAUAUGUAGCACACACACACACACACACACACACACAC